GUUACCGGCCGCAGGGCUCGCGAGCGGUUAGGAAGGCGCAGGAUGUUGCCCUGAAUCUUCGCCCCGUUACAAUGCGCAGGAACCGGGGGCCAGCGGGGAGCUGAAGAUGCGCAGCUUGGCGUCAUGUCUUAGCCGGGUGAUGGUGACUCUCGCGCUCAUCGCUGUGACGUCCACGUCAACUAAAUGGGUAGAAGACGGAGUCGAAUACGGAAGGAUAGGAGGCAGCAUCACCUUACUGUGCGGCCACAAACAUGACAGCCCGGUGGCUGAGUGGAGGUUUAACGGGGCUCGGGAUAUCCCCUGGGGCUUCUUCACUGACCAAGGACACCUAGACCUUCCCAACCUUCAGCCGUCAGCCGCGGGUAACUACAGCUGCCACAGCCAGUCCGGUGGAGUCCUGGCGGCCCUGCGGCUUAGAGUGGGAUCCCCCCCGCGGCCCCCGGCCGUCUCCUGCCGGGCGUCGGAUUACUACAACUUCUCCUGCUACUGGAGGCCGGGCGGCGAGACGUUCCUGCCGAGCCGAUACAUCGCGUCGUACCGGAGUAACAAUCACGUCAGCGGGAUCUGCCUCCAGGAAGCCGCCCGGCCCAACGCCUGCUCGGUGAGGGAGUCCCAGCCCUGGAGCACCUACCAGAUAAACAUCACGGAGGAGAACCCCCUGGGGGCCGCCGUCCGCAUCCUAGUGUUCACCGUGCAGUCUAUCGUGAAGCCGGACCCCCCGGAGAAGGUGACGGCAGAACCCGUCCCCUACGCUCCCCGGCGGCUCCGCGUCAGCUGGCUCUAUCCGUCCACGUGGCCCCAGGAGCCGCAGUUCCAGCUGAGGUUCCGGCUGCAGUACCGGCCCGUUCUCUACCAGUACUGGUCGGUGGUGGAGACGGCUAACCUGACCGAUGUGAUCACCGACGCGUUUGCCGGCGUGGAGCACGUGAUCCAGGUCAGCGCCAGGGACUUCCUCGAUGCAGGGAACUGGAGUGAGUGGAGUCCGGAAGUGAGGGCCACUCCGUGGGCCGCCAAGGAAGCUUCAGGUCUACCUACCGCGGCCAGCGAUGGAACCACUACGGAAGACUUUGGGUCCGAACCAGAGGAACCAACCGAUCAAAACGAUCCCCUGGAGAAGGAGGCCGUGAUGAUCUCACUCGGGAUUUUUGCUUUUGUGGUUCUCGUCCUUUUUCUGGUUAUCGGCGUUCUCAUCUGGGUCCGUGUUGGGAGGAGUAAAGAGAGUGGAAAGAAGGCCGGCUUCCUGUCAACCAUACACAUGAAGGCGUUACCAAAAUCGCAGAUAUUGUAGGCGGAAUGGUGCUGGACGCAGAUCCCGCGAUGCGCAGCCAGAUUCCGGCGGGAGUUCUCCCUUUUCAUUGGGAUAACGACAGAUACAUCCAUAAGCACAUAGAGCGACGCCGCACGAUGCGGCAGCGGAGGACAGGUGGACCAGAAAGCCGUCCUCGGGAACACGACUUCUUCCAAUGACAAGCCAUCGCAACUCUUCUGUACGGCAACCACCCGGCUACCGCGCUGUAAGGCUGUCGGAGCCGGCGGCUGAAAGGACGGGGAGCGGAGAUUGUAUUUGCUGGCUCCGCGUCGGUGAAAGAGCCGGCGCUGCUGGUGGAUACGGCCGGGAGGAGCUUUAACGCGGUCUUUGAGCUCUCAGCCUCUCAAACACAAGAGAUUUUAUAUGAAGCUAAAGCAAGAAAACAUCAGGACCAGCCGGCCGCGCAUGGAUAAAAAUGCAAGAAACACUGAGAACGGACCCAAAAAUCGACAGAAUCUUUUAUGCUUCCUAAGGCUGGUUUGGCUCAUCUUGAUGCUAUGAACGUUCUAAAAGAGAAUUAACAGUUUAUGUCCAGCAUUUCACUGCCACGAUAACGACCACACGCAGCCACAGGGCAAAUCCGGCCCUUCCGGGGGACAGAGACGUUACAAACAUCAAACUCUUUGUAAAUGUCGCGUAAUCCGGAAUCAGCUGGUUUGUGCUACGUUCUCAGACAGAGGUGUAAAUGUUCCUAGACUCAAAAAACUAAGAUACAGGAAAAAGAA